UCGUAAAGUAAGAGGGAUUUUGCGCCCUCUUGCGGCCUUUCCGUCGAUCUGCAGCUCGGUGGCAGAUGAGAGCUCACCAAAGACCGGCGGAAGAAACCGAGUGAGUCCGAGCCCAGAGAACCUCACAGAGGAGCUUCGCCAAGUGGUCUGCGGAAAGGAAUAUUCUCCCGUAACAAGGGCAUCGGCCUCCCUCUCUCCGUCUGUCAGCAUGAUGAAGGACUGCCUGCAGUUCCUCGUUGAGCCGGCCAAGAAGCUCAAGAUCCGCCUCAAGGAGUCCCGUAAACGAGUGAAAGUGAAGGAGCCGCUGGUGGAGAGUCAGUUGUUCGUCAUGGAAUUGGCCCGAGAACUCAACAAAAUUUGCCAGAGGUCAAACGUGCUCGGCCACGUCUGGACCGGCGAGGACGUCUGCCCGGCUGGCGUGUGUCGUGAUUUCAUCGUGGAGUGGGCCGCCGUGCUGUCGAGGACGGUCCAGCCGAGGGUCGUCCCCUCCGAACAGCAGCACGAGAAAGCCGAGAAGAAAGACUGGAAGGGACAUCUCCUCUGCAUGCUGGAGGCCGGGGGGGAGGGCGACAUGGGCCCCCACAAAAGAGUCAUCAUGGAGUGGACGCAGGGGAUCAAGAGCAGACCUCAGCCCACCGUCUGGCCCGGCGAGCCGGUGCUCAUGAUGCUGGACGACCUGGAGUUCCAGUGGAAGAGGGGCCGUCUCCCCAACCUGCUCCCCGCCAUGGAGCUUGUCAUGCUGGCUGUGAUGAAUGCCGACAGCCCCGUCAAGAAGGACGUGACCAAGCAGUGGCUGGUGAGAAAGCAGAGGAGCCAGAAGAUCGACGCUGUCCGCUACAUCCCUCACGGCGUGUGGAAUUGGAUUUGUGACGCUGCAGAGGAGGUCACGCUGGACUCGGACUCGGCCAACGCGGACCUGCUCAUCUCCGGCGACGAGAAGCGCAUGCGCUGCGGCCUGGAGCGCCGCCAGGUCCCGCGCCGCCGCCAGCGCUUCGACGGCUGGUGGUGCGCCGCCGGCCGAGAGGGCUACACCUCCGGGCGCCACUACUGGGAGGUGGAGGUGGGCGAGCGGGACUGGCGGCUGGGCGUGGCCAAGGCGUCGGCGGCGAGGCAGGGCUUCCGCCCGCUCACCACCGCCGCGGGCUACCUGACCCUCCGGCUGGAGAGGGGAACGGACCUGAAGGCGCUGACGGUGCCGGCCGCGCCGCUGCCGCGGGGCCUGGCGCCCCGGAAAGUAGGCGUGCACCUGGACUACGAGCUGGGCCAGCUGUCCUUCUACGACGCGGAGAAGCGCGCCCACCUGUACACCUACAGCGAGAAGUUCACGGAGGAACUGUACCCCGUGUUCGGGACCGUGGAGAUGGUCAGAGACCUGGUGAUCAGGCCCGCGGGGGUGAGGCUGCCGUGCCUCUGCCCCGGGCCCUGCCUCUGGACCUGAGCUGCUGCUGCUCCCCCCCCCCCCCCCCUUCCCCCGCAAACACGUCCAACCGCCAUCGUUCUUCCUCACCUGUUCUGUUACUCUGGCUUCGUGGAGACAUGCAGUGUUUGACCACUUGUAUGGUGAGGAUGGACGUUUAAAAGGCGGUUCCCACGCAGUUCAACCAGCUUCGCGCAUCAACCCAAAUGGCCCAUGGUUUUUCAUUUCAAUUGAAUUUGCAAGGUAUACCUUUCUUUUUUUAUUACUUUUUUUUAAAUUAUGAGCUGAAACCUGCUGACUAGCAAAUUAACAAAUGUUGUAAGAGCCUGAAGGCACGGGUUCUGAUGUGAACAGAAACAGUGGGCGUGCUAACGUGCAGCAGGCAGAUGAUUACAGAGUAGGUCGAUGCAUGUGAUGAGUUAAGUAUCACUCUGUCUGCUUUCUUCCCAUCCCAAUAAAUAUAUAAA